AAUAUCAGAAUGUUUACUGGAUGGCGAAAUUUUAUGCUGGGAUGCCAAUAGUGAGACAGUAUUGCCUUUUGGCCAUUCAAGAACUGUUGCUGACGGCGAACUUGCGGAUUGCAACUUGUUUUAUGUCGUGUUUGAUUUGAUGGAGGCUGUGAAUAAGGCUGGUAAGAGAUUUUAUUUGGAGCAGGUACCAUACUUCAAGAGGCGUGAGAUGUUGCAGAAGGUGCUACUGCGACAAAGAGUGCACGAGUUGGAAAUUAUACAGAGUACAUUAUUAUGUAUACCUGUUGAUACAGAUGAAUCUGAGGAAGUAGAGACGUGCUUUCCGUGUGUCCGAAAGUUUGAGAACCUUGAGGGCUUGGUUCGUUAUCUGGGUGAGGAGCUUGAGAAGGUUCAGGAAGAACGUCGCGAAGGUAUUAUGAUCAAGCAAGUGAGUUCGCGAUAUUUUUUCAACGCCCGAUCGAAAGGCUGGUUUAAGCUGAAACCACGGUUUGGAUGGCUUAAGGACUCGCUCGACCUCGUCAUUGCUGGGUUCUACCUCUCAGAUGGCCAGAGACGACGCCGACGAGAAGCCGACUUUCUAGACAGACGCGAUCAUAUCAGUACAUUUCUGCUUGGAGUUAAGGAAGAUGAGGGCUACCGUGUCUUCACCAAGUGUGGAACCGGUUACACUAUCGAAGAGCUACGAGACGUCACGGAUGAACUCAAACCCUAUAUGCGGUCUCCGGACGACGCUGAUUGGAACCAAAUUUUCAACUUUUGGUCUCCGUCUGCAACAAGUGAGAAACCGGACUAUGUUAUUCUACCUCAGCAUUCCAUCGUGAUGGAAAUCAUGGGCGCUGAACUGGUCCCGUCGGAAGUAUUCGACUUACCCUACACACUCAGGUUUCCCCGCGCAGUUAAGGGUAAGGCUUUCCGCCGAGAUAAAAAUUACGACGAAAUUAGUACGGUAGCUGAUAUCAAGGAUAUACUCCAAAACAAGCAUUUCGAUAACCCUCCCGGAACAAAGUUGAAUGAUAGCGGGGAUGAGGUCCAUACAAAGGACAACAAUAGAAAUAAGAAACCCAAGGCUGCUACGAGAGCCACAGGCAAGCGAGAUCGAGUCGACGCCUAUACCGAAUCGCUGAUAAACAAAAAGACCAUUACUCAAGAAAGUAACCUGUUCAGUAAGCUAACGUUUUAUGUGGAGCCUUAUAAGGACUCAAUGGAAGUCGAGAAAGCAAUUUUAUUGAAUGGAGGGGAUCUGCAACGUACGUACCAAACAGGGAAGCAGGACUUUGUUAUUAGUCAUGUUUUAACAGCUCGAGUAAAAUUAUAUCAUUGUAAAGACGACAUUUCAAUUUAUUUGCCCAAAUUUGUUAAUGACUGUAUUCGCUACCAGACAAUGCUUCAGCCACAUCCGGCCAAUGUACUGGUACCAAAUCUUGAACUAAAGGCUGAAUGGGAACAUAAGUUUGAUCCGAUUGGAGAUAAUUAUUUAGAACCGAUUAACUUGGAUAUGUUGGAACUCCUAUUAAGCCGUGACGAUCUUUAUAAGCAGGAUAUAGAAGACAUAGAUCCCGAGCUAUCUAUUUAUUGCCCAUCUAAAAUCAUAGUUUUGAAAGGAUGGGAUCCUCAACGUGUUGGCUUCAGCAGCCUGGCGUUCAAUCACGGAGGUCGCAAAUCAGAUGACGUGGGUAAUGACGUAGAGGUGAAGAAAGAAUAUAGGAGCAACUAUGGGUCGGAGAAGUGUGAACGCAGCUUCGACUGGAAUUAUAUGUCGUACACGGCUAUGCCAUAUACAUCGGGUAGCAUAUCAGAACAAAUACCCCCGCAGCUCGCCAAGUACCUUAACAGGUACAGAAGAAUGAAUGUGAUUUAUGAAUCGUUAAGACUGGUGUUAGCCAGUUUUUUGUGCGACGGUUUCAGGUUGCGAUCAGAGGAAGAAGACAUCUCCCGUACAAAGGCAACAACCAUUUACCUGCACCCGGAGCACAUACACCUGGGGGAAGUUCAGGGGGAGUCUAGAAGCAUUUGGUCAUUCAUGUACCAACCAUGA